GCCACCAUUCAUAUUAUCACGAGUCAAAUUCCGAAGAGCAUUGGAGUUCGGAUACCAUCGGUCGCUGGCCCGGGGAAACUAGUGAAAACGUACAUCGAAAUCUUUAAAAAUAUAAACACUGUUAAUGUAGGUUCCAUUCUCACAUCGAUAAUUUGUAUCAUAAUUCUAAUAUUCUUCAAAGACUUUAUAAAUGAAAAGUUUAAAUCAAAACUGUACAUGCCGAUUCCAAUAGAUCUUAUAUUAGUGAUUUGUGGAACUAUUGUAUCGUACUUUGGGAACCUUAAAUCUAACUUCGACAUACCAGUUGUAGGCGAAAUAUCUCUAGGAAUCCCACCUCCUACUCUUCCUGACAUAACAACUGGUAUUAUAGGAGAUUCUGUCGUGAUUGCCAUUAUAGUUUUUGUUUUGACCAUUUCCAUGGCCAAAGUCUGCGAGAGUAAGAGCACCAUCAAUGCCGACCAGGAACUAGUAGCGUACGGAAUGUCCAACUUUGGUGGUUCUUUUUUCCGAUGCUUUCCUUCCUGUGUAGCACCACCUCGUACAAUUUUACUGAACACCAUGGGGACCAAAACCACACUUAAUGGACUAUUCUCAGCUGUCGUUAUAUUGCUUAUUUUAUUGUUUUUAGGAGAGUACUUUCAAUACCUACCAUUGCCCAUUUUGUCUAUAAUGGUCAUCAUGGCAGUUAAGAAUCUGCUUCUUCAAUUCCGCCAGUUACCACGGCUAUGGAAGAUAAACAAAUAUGAUUUUACCGUUUGGGUAGCCACGAUAAUGUGUGGAGUCUUUAUAGAUUUUCCUUAUGCUUUGUACUGUGGAGUUGGACUAAGUAUUUUCUUCGUCGUUUUUCAAAGCCAGAAAGGAAAAGUGGGUUUGUUUGGUAAAGUGGUGAACGAAGAUUUGUAUGUUGAAGAGUCAAAACACACAGUUCUUCCGUCAAAUGUGAAGGUAUUUAAAAUGGAAUCGUCCCUUUUCUUUGCAACAGCGGAGUCUUUUCGUGAUAAAUUAUACAAACUGGCCGGGGAUCCAAGGAAAAUGAAGAAAAGCUCGGAAGAGGUGUCAAUUUCUGUGGACGAAAGACCUCCUAGGGAAAGUAGGAAAAACAAAACUUCCUCCUGUGGCAACCUCGAAGACAGACUAUGUGAAGGGGACAUACACACCGAGACGAAGUAUGUUGUCAUUGACUGUUCGUCUUUCAAUUAUGUGGACAGUAAUGGAGUUUCCAUAAUGUCGCUAGUUGUCAUGGAAUACCGGUCAGUUGGGAUUAAGGUUCUAUUGGUCCGGUGCAGCACAAACUUUCUGGGAGUGAUGUUGAGGUCAGAGUUGAUGAAGACGGUCGGGGAAGAAAACGUGUUUCCGGAUAUAGUGGACGCUUUGCAUCUUGCUGUAUCAGAUGAAUGAUGUAGUUUAGCGGUCCUUUUACUGAUUUCAUAAAAUGAUGAUAUGAUAUUCAA